AUGGAGGAGAGAAGAGUGGCCACGGAUCAAGCUUUACAGAAGGCUUUAUCGUGUCUUUGGAGCAUCAAGGUGCCGUCAAAUACAACUUUGUUUGGUUGGAGAUAUCUCACAAAUAGAUUACCAACAAAGGUCUCUCUGCACCGGAGAGGCAUAUCUUUGGACAGAACUUGCGUCCUUUGCGAAUUGGAGUUAGAAUCUUCGUCACAUUUGUUUGGCAGCUGUGUAAUCACGGAAGGAGUGUGGAAAAGAAUUAAAUUAUGGCUGGGAAAUGAUCUAGAUCUGUCAAAGGAGGAGCUGCAAAACUUCUUUCACCAUUGGAAUAAGUUAAGCAAACUGAAGACUAGAAUCACAGUAGCAAUUGUGUGGCUCGCAACUAUGUGGAGUUUAUGGCUGGUAAGGAACGAAAUCGUCUUCUCUAAUUCAGAAUUUAGUUUCAAUGAAAUCAUGACGGUUAUUGUUUCUAGGUCCUGGUAUUGGAUGUCUGCUUAUGUUACUAUUUCGACCGGUUGCAGUUCUUAUAUGGUUUAUUCCAGUACGAAUAUGCAUGGUAGGUGGUUGAAUGGAAAGGACUUAAAAGAUGCAAGGGUGCUAAAUGAUGUCGUUGAUGUCCCUAUUCAAGAAUUCGAUAUUGUGGCAUAG